AAAUUGGUACGGUUGUUUUGAACGUGGAAUAUUGGUACGGUCGUUAAAAACCAGGGUUUCUUAAACUAUGAAAAAAACAAUCUUAAAGCAUCUACACAUUAGAUAAGUACUGCAUGAAAUUGUAGGGAAGUAUUAAUCUAAUCUACAGCGACAAAUGACAAUAUCGAUAACGAUGAAUAAAGAUAUUGUAUAGGUUUCAUGCGACCUAGUGCAACUGCAACGUUCAACUUAUUGCCACGUGUCCACAAUUUUCAAUUUUUAUUUUUGUUAUAAUGGAAAGUUUUAAAACUGAAAAGGGAAAUGAAUUAAUGCCGUACAAGAAUUAUUCGUAUGUAAUUUUAAGAAAAAAUAAUAAUACUAUUAGGUGGAAAUAUUCACAAAAUACAACAUUAAAAUGUCCGGGAAAAAUUACAACGAAUUUAAUUAAACCCGUAAGUUUUAAAGUAAUAAUUUAUAUUAUUGUAUCUAUUGUAUUGUAAUGUAUUAUUAUUAAUUUUAUUUUAGUAUAUAAACUAUUCAAAUAUAGUGCCUCAUAAUCACACUUCAAAUAAUAAAAUUGAGGAAAUAAUUGUUAUUAAACAUAAUAUAAAAAAAAGAGCCUUAGACACACGAGAAACUCCAAGUCAGAUGGUUUCAUCCAUCAUGCACAAUAUUUCUGAAGAUACAGCGGUAACACUGGGAAAUUUGUCUUCCAUAAAACGUAACAUACGAAAUUACCGACAUAGAAAAUUUUCCGAUGAACCGUUAAAUGCAAAUUUUUGUCUUCCUGAAGAGUGGAAAACUACGAUGGGUGCUGAACCUAAGCCAUUUUUGAUUUUUGAUAAUAAACAAGCUGAUUCGCGAAUUUUGAUUUUUGCCUCUAAUUUCGCUUUAAAUAUUUUGUCUUGCGCGGAAACUUGGUUUAUGGAUGGAACUUUCAAAUGCUCAACUACUAUAUUCCAACAACUUUAUGUUAUACGAGGAAAGUAUAAAAAUCAAAUAUCUACUUGUGUGUAUGCAUUUUUGCCUAAUAAGUUAAAAAGUACGUAUAUCACUAUUUUACAACAAGUUGUUAUUAAUUGUCUUCAAACUUCAAACAAUCCAAAACCAAAAUAUAUCGUGAUGGAUUUCGAAAUAGGAGCUAUAAGUGCUACUAAACAUGUAUUUGGUGAUAGUGUGCAGGUUAAAGGAUGUUUUUUUCACUUAUGCCAGUCAAUGUGGCGAAAAAUACAACACCUAGGUCUAAGUUCUGUUUAUAAAAAUAACAAAAAUAUCAGAAUAAAUUGCAGUAUGAUUAAUGCUUUAGCUUUUUUACCUCUCAAUGAAGUAUCCAGUGGAAUGGCUUAUUUGUACACAAUAAUUCCCAUAGAACUAUUGUUAGUGGCUAAAUAUUUUGAUGACAUCUAUGUCAGUGGUACUAGCGGUACCCCAAUGUUUUCUCCAAUUUUGUGGAAUGUAUUCGAUGUCACAUUGAACGGUGGUGAUAGAACAAAUAACUAUUGCGAAGGGUGGAAUAAUUAUUUUAAUAAGCUUGUAGGAACAAGCAACCCAUCAUUUUGGUUAGUUCUACAAUGUAUUCAACAAGAUGAAUCUACGAUGCGAAUUGAAAGUAUACGGCAUGAACAACCUAAUAAUUUAACAUCUCGAAAAAAAAAUAAAAAAUAUGCUUCCCUUCAAUAUAAACUUCAUGAAACUAUUACCAGUUACGUAAAUAAAGAAAUUACAAUGGACAUUUUUUUAAAUAUCAUAGGGAAACUAUUGUGAAUUUAUAUUUAAUUUUGAACUAUU